CGGCGGAAACGUCUGGGAGCAGCGGCGAUGGAGAAGUACGAGAAAAUCAAAGUUGUUGGAAGAGGAGCUUUCGGGAUCGUUCACCUGUGCCGCAGGCGCAGCGAUGGGGCCUUUGUCAUCCUGAAGGAGAUCCCAGUGGAGCAGAUGUCACGAGACGAACGUCUGGCAGCACAGAACGAGUGUCAAGUGCUGAAACUGCUCAACCACCCAAAUAUCAUAGAGUACUAUGAGAACUUCCUGGAAGACAAGGCCCUUAUGAUAGCUAUGGAGUAUGCACCAGGUGGGACUUUGGCUGAUUACAUACAGAAACGCUGUAACUCUCUGCUGGACGAGGACACCAUCCUUCACUUCUUUGUGCAGAUCUUACUUGCGUUGUAUCAUGUCCACAACAAACUCAUCCUGCACAGGGACCUCAAGACACAGAAUAUUCUUCUUGACAAGCACCAGAUGAUUGUCAAAAUUGGUGACUUUGGCAUCUCCAAAAUCCUUGUCAGCAAGAGCAAAGCGUACACGGUGGUUGGGACUCCAUGCUACAUCUCCCCAGAGCUGUGUGAAGGAAAGCCAUAUAACCAGAAGAGUGAUAUCUGGGCCCUGGGUUGUGUGCUCUAUGAGCUAGCGAGCCUCAAGAGAGCCUUCGAGGCCGCUAAUCUACCUGCCCUCGUUUUGAAGAUCAUGAGUGGCACAUUUGCUCCAAUAUCAGACCGGUAUAGCCCAGAACUCCGACAGCUCAUCCUCAACAUGCUCAAUCUGGAUCCAUCCAAACGGCCUCAACUCAAUGAAAUAAUGGCUCUCCCCAUUUGCAUACGGCCCCUGCUUAAUCUCUACACAGAUAUAGGCAAUGUCAAAAUGCGCAGGAUCGAGAAACCGCUGUCUACUGUGCAAACCUGUUCUCAAGGUAGACCAGGAGGCAGAGUUCCUACCAACAGGUCCAGAGAUGGAUCAAUCGGUUUAGGGUCGGCGAAGCUGCACUCCCUCCCCCUGUCCUCGGUGUACACAUGGGGGAGUGGCAUCUCAACGCCUCUGCGCCUGCCAAUGCUCAACACCGAGGUGCUUCAGGUGUCUCUGGGCCGCACUCAGAAGAUGGGGGUCACCAAGUCGGGCCGUCUGAUUACAUGGGAGGCGCCAUCAGUGGGGUCUGGUGAAGCCAGUCUGCCCGGUGUGGUGGAGCAGAUGCAGCCGCAGUUCAUUUCUCGCUUCCUGGAGGGUCAGUCUGGAGUCACCAUCAAGUCUGUGUCCUGUGGCGAUCUCUUUACAACCUGCAUGACAGACAGGGGCAUUAUCAUGACAUUUGGGAGUGGGAGCAACGGCUGUCUAGGACACGGUAACUUCAAUGAUGUAACACAGCCCAAGAUAGUUGAGGCCCUCCUCGGCUAUGAGCUGGUUCAGGUGUCAUGUGGUGCUUCCCAUGUUCUCGCUGUGACCAAUGAAAGAGAAGUAUUUGCCUGGGGAAGAGGAGACAACGGUCGCCUCGGGCUAGGCACCCAAGACACCCACAACUCUCCACAGCAGGUGUGUUUACCUGUGGAAUUUGAGGCCCAGAGGGUAGUGUGUGGAGUUGACUGCUCCAUGAUUAUCAGCACCCAGUACAGGAUUAUGGCAUGUGGAAGCAACAGGUUCAACAAGCUUGGCUUGGAUAAGAUAACCGCUGGAGAGGAACCAGAUCCCUCAAAUCAGGUGGAAGAAGUUCAUUCUUACACUCGUGUCCAGUCAGCCCCACUCAACAGUGAGAUGAUAGUUUACAUUGACAUUGGAACGGCCCACUCUGUUGCUGUUACAGAAAGGGGUCAGUGUUUCACCUUUGGCAGUAACCAGCAUGGCCAGAUGGGCUGCAGUUCCCGUCGUAGCAGCCGUGUGCCCUACCAGGUACCCGGCCUGCAGGGUAUCACCAUGGCUGCAUGUGGAGAUGCCUUCACCUUAGCUAUUGGAUCUGAAGGGGAGGUGUACACCUGGGGAAAGGGGGCCCGUGGCCGCCUCGGCAGAAAAGAAGAGGAUUCUGGGAUACCGAAGGCGGUGCAGCUUGACGAGAGUCACCCGUUCACGGUGACAUCAGUGGCUUGUUGUCAUGGCAACACUCUGCUGGCAGUGAAACCUUUGCUUGAGGAACCUGUCCCGAGAUGACUUUGUCCAGCAAACAGCCCACACCCACUAUGCUGUCGUCAUGAAACCUGCCGGUGACGUACGGUGAAGGACAGCUUCCUCUGAAUAACUCCUCCCGGAGGCCCAGCUGCGCUGCAGCUGAAAGAUUCCUUUUCAUACUGCAGCUGCGACCGCAGAUCUGCACUCGCUCUUUCCUCUCUGUUUGUUGUUGUUUUUUUUUUUUUCCAAUAAUGAACGUUUGUUUCAUUCUCUGGCUUGACAUCACGGAGCAAAGCACAGAAAAGGUCACAACCUGACUGUCGCAGCAGGUGUAUCUCACAACAGGUUAAAGGGAUGUUGUAACACGGUCACCGAAGCUGGAUUGCAGGAAGUCAUUAGGCAGCUUUCCCCGCUCACGUGCGGGGGAAGCAUGAUAAGCCACGAAAGGCCAGUUAAAGUCAAACUGGUUUAAGCUCUCUUAAGAAACUGGAGAAUGCGAUGAUACAAUGCACAGAAACGAAAAGAAUGAAGCCGCUUUAGAGUUCAUCAGUCAAAUGAACCAAACACAUUCAUCUUGAUCACAUCGUCUGUGGUCACAUUGUGCUUUAUUGGAUUAGUCCUCCAGUACAUUUGUAACUCAACAGCAGUGUUCAGACCAGAUAACGACGUGUUGUUGAGGGUGAGACUGAACCAUGACUAUAAGAUUUUAUGGUGUUAAAGAGACUGUGGCUGUGUCCGAAAUCACUCCCUUGUCAACUCAUUCACUACUCCCUUAUAGUUUAGUCUAUAGUGAGAGAUAAUUAGGGAUUUCGGACACUUAUGAAUCAUCUACAUUUUGCUAUUUACAAUUAUCUAUUAAAUGUGACCACCUGGAUUGUGGGAUUGUUAGUAGGACACUAUGUAGUGAGUAAAUUCACACUUGGACAUUUUGGACACUCACAGAAAUUGGUGGACAGUAAAUUUAGUGCAAUAUAUAGUAAAUGGGGAGUGAUAUUUUAAAUGAGAGGGUGCAUAUAAUUGUGUUAACUGUGAUCACAGGGUGACCAAUGACUGCUGAGAAAAGAAAACUGCCAAAGCAGGAGCCCACAUGUGCCUGGCAGUGGUGGAACGAGUACUCAGAUCUUUUACUUAAGAAAAAGUGGCAAUACGGCAGCGUAGAAAAAUACUAUGUUACAAGUAAAAGUACAAAACUAUUGGCAGCAAAAUAUACUUAAAGUACCAAAAGUA